AGAAGAAACAAAACCAAAAAACCCGAACCGAAAAUGGCCAAUCCGUUCCUCAUGGACGACGAUCUGGAUGGCGGCGACAUGGCCGCCAAUCCCUUCCUAAUGCAGUCAGAGCCAGAGGCAGGCGAGUCAGAGUCGAAUCCAUUCGGUGAGGCAGCCAACAGCUCCGCCUCAGUGGCCUCAGCCGCCGCCUCGAAUCCGUUUGCCUUUGGCGGCGAUGAUCUGGAGCCGGAGCCAGAGCCACCGAUCAAUGACAUUGAUCCGGCGAUGAGCUUCUUUGGCACCACCAUAGAGGCAGAGGACGAUGCCCUCAGCCUCAAGUCGGCCGCUGGCGAGGAGGAUGACGACGGCGGCAAGAGACAGCCACCGCCGCCGCCACGACCCCAGCCGCCGCAGAGCACACAGGAUCUGAUCAGCACGGUGUCCAGCCAGCUGGACGAGACCUCCUCGGAGCUGCUGGGUCGCAUACCCGCCACCCGAUCGCCCAGCCCCGUCUCCAUGCGCGACCUUCACUCGCCCAGUCCCACACCGGACUCGGGCCUCGCCGAUCUGCUGGACGUCUCCGACAGUGGCUCCAAUAAUCAAAUAAUGGAUCUCGAUCUCAUUGGCGGAGUCACUGGGCCCACUCCUGCUCCAGUAACAGAUGCUGCUCCAGCUCCUGCUCCGGCUCCUGCGCCAGUUGCGGCUGCUGCUGUGCCUCCACCCGUUCCUGCUCCCCCUGCCAGCCAGCAUGACAAUCCCUUUGCGGUGCCCACGGCUGUGCCCAGCCUGCAGGGGGCCACGCCCAUGCCCUCGCCGGCCAAGCAGCAGCCGCCGCGUCCCCCGCCGCCACGGCCAGUGCCGCCCAGGCCAACGCCACCGGCGCACAUGGUGCAGCAUGGGCAACAGCAGCCGGCACCACCGCCGCAACGUCCGCCACCUCCGUCAGCCACAGCGCCAGCGGACUCGGAGGAUUUGCUGGACAUGUUCGGGACGACCAGCGGCAAGCCGGCCAAGCCACCGCCACCCAAGAGCAAGGAGGACAUCCUCAGCCUGUUUGAGGCGCAGCCACAGCCCGUGGCCAAGCCCGAUCUGCUGCACGACGAUCUGCCCCAGGCCCCCCAGCUGGCCAAUUCCGAGACGGAACGCGAUGCGGACAACAAUGGCGGCAGCAAUGGUGACGAUGAGGACGAUGGGGAGGACAAGGAUGAGCCCAUCUUCACGUCUGUGCUGACGCGACCGGACGAGAGCACCCAUGACAUCACCUGCCAGCCUCAGGCGGCGACCCUGGCGGCGACCCUGGCCCACAUGGCGGCGCCACAGGACACCACGGGCCGACAGAGAGCACCCACGCCGGACAUUGAGAUCACCACGGUGGAGGAUCUGCCACGCUCCGACGACGAGGAUGAGCCAGAACCAGAGCCAACACCAGCAGCAGCGGCAGCUCCAACAGAGAAUGAAGAACCAGAGGCCGAGGCAGUCGUGUCGCAGCCAGAGGCAGAGGCGGAACCAUCACACGCGCCUGUCGAGUCACCGCCCACAGAGUCUCAGCCAGCGUUUAACACCACCGCCAUGGAGCUGGCCAGCGACGAGCCCGAGCAGAUGGACACGGGCCUGGACUUUCCAUUGGGCAGCGGUGGCCUGGCCAGCGGUCAGCUCUCAGCCAAUCCCUUCGCCAGUCCCGAGGAGGAGGACGAGCCGAGCUUCGUGCCCGCUGCCGUGGUGGGCAACAUAUUUGCCGUGGACGACGAUCCAGACCCCGAGGUGGAGCCGACGGUGGAGCCGUCCGUGCAGCAGGCACCCAGCUAUGGGGCCAACAUCUUUGCCGUCGAGCCGGAUGAGUUUGACGCCUUCUCGGCCAAGUUUGACUCCGUGAAGAAGGACAACAUCAGCAUACUGGACGGCUUCGGUGGCUCUGGGGCCAUAACGCCCACGGGAGGAGAUGCUUGGGGCGACAGCGCCUUUGGAUCGGCCACCAUUUCAGCGGGCAAUGCCUUUGGCGAUGCCACCUCGGCGGACGAUGGUUUUGGGAACGAGGACGAUGACUUCUAUGCGAUGCGAGCGCCCGUGCGGGCCGAGUCCGUGGAGUCGGUGGACAAGGAAUUUAGCGUGGUGAUCCGCCCCAAGGCGGAGGGCACUGGCGGAGUGGCCCCGCAGCUGGCACCACCGCCACCGCCAGCCAGGUCGGCCGUGCAGUCGGCCAGCCAAUCAUCAUCACCGCCGGCGACAGUCAAUCCCUUUGAGGAUGUGACCGGCUUUCCAGCUCCACCAGCAGCGGCAGCUGCCGCAGAGUCGGGCGAGGCGGGCAUUAAGCGCACAGACUCCCAGGACACGCCACAGACGCCGCUGUACGACGAGGAUGUGUCCCAGCCGCUGGAGGAGUUCCCGCGCCUGCACUACGUCGGUCCCGGCUGGGAGAUGCAGCUGCGGCAGCCGAACAAAAAGAAAAUCACAGGCCAGCGCUUCUGGAAGAAGAUCUUUGUGCGUCUGGUGGUGCAGAACGAUGUGCCGGUGGUGCAGCUGCUGAACCAGCCCGGCGACAAGCAGCCAUUCCAGGAGCUGCCGCUGCAGCCCUCCUACUCGGUCUCGGAGAUCGGCGCCCAGCAGUACGAUCAGUUUGGCAAGAUCUUCACCAUGAAGCUGCAGUACAUCUUCUACAAGGAACGGCCCGGCGUCCGGCCCGGCCAGGUGACCAAGGCGGAGCGCAUCACGAACAAGCUGACCAAAUUCGCACAGUACGCCAUCGCUGGGGACUACGAGGGCGUGAAGGAGUUCGGCAGUGAUCUGAAGAAGCUGGGGCUGCCCGUCGAGCAUGCGCCGCAGUCGUCGCAGCUGUUCAAGAUCGGAUCGAUGACCUACGAGGACAUGAAGCAGUUCUCCGUGUGCAUCGAGGAGGCACUCUUCAAGCUGCCGGCACUGCGCGAGCGCGCGCUCACCUACAAGAUGGAGGAGGUGCAGGUGACGGCCGUCGACGAGAUCACCGUCGAGCAGGACAGCGAGGGCAAGAUCCUCAAACAGAUUGCCCGCGUGCGCCUCUUCUUCCUGGCCUUCCUCACCGGCAUGCCAACUAUAGAGCUGGGCGUCAACGAUAUGUGGCGCCAGGGCAAGGAGGUUGUCGGCCGUCACGACAUCAUACCCGUGGCCACCGAGGAGUGGAUUCGCCUCGAGGCGGUCGAGUUUCACAGCGUUGUCAAUCAGCAGGAGUACGAGCGAACGCGCACCAUUAAAUUCCAGCCGCCGGAUGCCAAUUACAUUGAACUGCUGCGCUUCCGGGUGCGUCCGCCAAAGAAUCGCGAACUUCCGCUCCAGCUGAAGGCCACCUGGUGCGUCACCGGCAACAAGGUGGAGCUGCGUGCUGACAUUCUGGUGCCAGGUUUCACCUCCCGCAAACUCGGCCAGAUACCCUGCGAAGAUGUCUCGGUGCGCUUCCCCAUACCCGAGUGCUGGAUCUAUCUGUUUCGCGUGGAGAAGCAUUUCAGGUAUGGAUCGGUGAAGUCGGCCCAUCGACGGACGGGCAAGAUCAAGGGAAUUGAACGCAUACUCGGCGCUGUCGAUACGCUGCAGGAAUCGCUAAUUGAGGUGACAUCGGGCCAGGCCAAGUACGAGCAUCACCAUCGGGCCAUUGUCUGGCGGUGUCCACGUUUGCCCAAGGAGGGUCAGGGAGCGUACACCACGCAUCAAUUGGUGUGCCGCAUGGCACUGACCUCGUACGAUCAGAUACCCAGUGAACUGGCGCCAUACGCAUUCGUGGAGUUCACAAUGCCCGCCACGCAGGUCUCGCAUACCACCGUGCGCUCGGUUAGUGUCCAGGACUCGGACGCCGAUGAGCCACCCGAGAAGUAUGUCCGCUAUUUGGCACGACACGAGUACAAGGUUGGCAUCGAGACCACGCACGGCGAGUCCACGAACGCGUAUUUGGCGGCAACGCGUCCCAUCAAGGAGGAGACCGCCAAGGAGGUGGCCACCAAGCCGGUCGCCUCUCCGGUCCCUCCCAGCGACUCGGACACGGACUCCAACUAAGCGCAGAGAAGCGGCCGAUGGCUUUCUGUAGAUAUUCCUCGUGUGCAUGGUUUACCCAAAUCGUUCUUUGUUAUAUACAUACAAAAUAUAUAUAGAUAUAUCUGCCCCAUAUACAAUAUAUACUACCCAUCUAGAUAUACAUAUAUAUAUAUAUAUAUACAUACUGAUAUGUGUAAUUUCAUGUUCGCCCGUCUGACCGCUAUAUAACCCCCAUCCAACCCGUUUAGCUUGUGCAGCGUGUUCAUCGUCACUCACUGGCCGUUUGCUUUCGAGUAUUAGAUGAAGAUUAGUUGACAAUAAUGUUAAGAGUACAGCAGCUGAUGUGUGGGUGUGGGUGAGAAAUGAUAAUGAAACUGAAAACUCAAGAUGUGAGGCAGAAGGUGAUGAACACGAUUGUAUGAAAGCCAAAAGAAGCUGAAGCUGAAGCAUGAGUGGCAUGGAGUGAAGGAUGUGGAUGUGUCAACGAAGGAGGAGGAACAAAGGAAAGGAAAGCUAAUGCCACCCCAACAUACCCAACUCUAAGCCUAGCCUUAACCGCGUUACUUAUAGCCUCCGCCCUACGAGAGAUCACGUUAAUGUUUAGCCAUUGGUAAUAUCAACCCAUUGAGGCGUACGUAAAGUCAACCCAUACAUAUGCAUAGAGUUAAUGUUUAUAAUCGAAUCAGAACACACACACACACACACACACACACCAAUACAUACACACACACACAUAUUAUAUACAUAUAUAAUCGAUGGACCUUCUUAGUUUGUAACUGAUCGAAUCGAAGCAUUAAGCGACAAGUAAUAUGAAAUGAAAAGCAAUUACGCCACAAAAACAAUGUUCAGCGAAGGCAUCGAGUGACGAUCGGAGCUCAAGUGGAAGUGAAAGUGGAAGAAGGCAACACGCACACAUUCUCCCACAUACUACCCACAUGCAUAAGAAAUGGAAAUGGAAACUAUGGAAAAGGAUAUGGAUAUGGAUACCUACCCAUGCUGCCAGCAUAUCAUCAGAUAGAUCAUCAGUUCACAUAGCAAGACACUGGAGACCGAAUAGCAGCAGCUGAUAGAUACAACUACAAGCCCCUCCUUCUGAUACGACAUAGCCCCUCACCACCCCCCCAUAGCCCACAUAGUUAUUCAUUCCUAUCCUAUUACAACAAAACGAAACCAAAAAUAAUAUACUAAGCUUUACCAUAUUGAUUUAAUGGAUACAUUUAGAGACGAAGAAAGACAGAAAGAAGAAGGGAAAGAAGAAAAGAUUCAAUGCAUAUUCAAGAAAAAAAUGUUAUUGUUGUGAAUCAAAUUAAAUUAUAUUCAAAGUAAAAAGUAAAAGCGUAAAAACUAAACUAAAGAAAACCAAAACUAAAACCAGAUAUAGGAAAAUCAUCUUUGUUGGUCUACAAAAACACAGACACCACACACUAACUACAUAAAUUAAAUAUAGUAACGGAUAGAACCGAGACAAAAUAAGUGUGUGGACAAAAUUCAAAGUGCAUACGGACACACACACACACACACACACACACACAAAUAUUGAUCGAUCGAUAAGCAUUUAGCGAUCGAUUGGUACAUAUUGAGUUUACUAGCAAUAUUGCAUACAAAAAAUAGAUUUGUUAAUUGAGUGUUAAAUGAAUAUAUUGUACCCACCCAUCCCACGCCCUUCCCUCAGCUUAUCGACUAUCCUUUAAACACAACCCAACCCAUCCAUACGAAGGCAUUCCAUUCCAUUUAUAGUACUAUAUUUCGUACCACGCAUCUCGAGAGUCUCUCUAUUGAUGAUAGAGAAUUAUGUAUGUAUAUUGUAUCCCUAAGGAGCUCCCUAAGAAUCCCCCUCCCGUCAUUCAUUUACUGUAUGUUACAUUAUUUAAAUACGUUUAAACUCUACAUAUACUAUAUCGUAUGUACAAUAAAAUGAAAACAGAAAAACAGAAACACAACCAAGCCGGAUCGGAUCGGAUCGGAUCGGAUAAUGCGAGUUACCCAAUAAAACACUCUCACAUGUUAUAUAUAUUAAAUAUACAUACAUAAAUUGGCAGGCCCCAACCACACCCAAGCCCUGCCAAGAGAAACGUGACACCAUGUGUCCUAGUCCUGCGAUGCGCUUUGAAGGAGGACUGCGGCAUAUGCUGUGACCUGCUCCAGGUACGUGGUCGGGGUCUGUCCCUAUUAUACAAAAAAAAAACCAAAACAAAACAAAAAUAUACGACGAUCGCUAAAGGUAUUAACCGAUCAACUAAAUACAAUAUAAUGAAUUAUUAUGAAACGAACAGCAAACGCAUUAUGGUGGAACCUUUACCUAGUCAAAUGAGAAAAAUAAAUAUGAAAUCAACCAAAAAUAUUAAGCAAUGCA